AUGGGAUUCCUAACGAAAACAAACUUCCGUGGGAGUCUUUUAUUGACUCGGGUUGAAGGUAGGAGUACAAAGAGGCAAGCAAGGUACUCCACAGGCGGUGACGACUCGUCAAGCGACCCGUUAAGCAUGAGCGACGUUUCGCCCGCAAAGAAGCGGAAGAAAGGGAAGCCAGAGCCCGCUACGGACGAUGAGCCUAUAAGCUCCUCGAAUGACAGCGACAGCCCGAGACUCUCCAACGGAACGCCCAAGCCUCGCCAUCGACCUCGCACGGAAUUUACGCCGGGGGAUCUGGAAGCUGACUUGGCCGCUAUUGACGCGGAUGCCACGCCAAAACCACGAAAGAAAGCCAUAUCUACACCAAGGGUCGGCGAGAGACGAUCAAAAAGGAUAUCGAACGUGGGGAUAACCGCGCAGGACGCCAAUGCUAGUAAGGAUGCUAGCAACGAGCACUCUCCGGGAAGUCGUGCCUUUGGAGACUCUUUGGUAUUCUUUUCACGUGUCCCUAAGAAGGGGAAGACUUACCAAAGAAAUCCGUUUAAUAAUGUGCAUACCCCUACGAAGACAGAGAAAAAGCAUGAAUUUAUUGUGCCACGCAAUGGACCAGAUAUCCCGGAUACCGUGCGUACCCAAAAGCCCUCUGAUAACCCCGAAUUCAAAGUGCCAAUGGCGAUCCCGAACGAUUCCUUUUCAAGUGCAUCCUUUCCCACGGAUGAUUCUUCUCGCGAAGUCCCAGAAACUUUUGUAUUCGACGACCAUAGCGGGUCGUCAUCCCCAUUAAGCUCCGUAGCGCCAUCUAAUAUGGAUCUCACUGUGGACGAGAAGAGGUUUCUCGAUGCAGCGUCCGGUGAUUUUGUCCGAUGCCAGGCAUGCCGUGAGCUACUUGAUCCCGAAUACCUAGCUGAGUUCCAGCUAGAAAAAGGAGUUAGUGUUAGACGACAAAUGCAAGCUUGCCAACAGCAUAAGCGGUGGACAGCAGAGCGUGACUGGCGCCAACGAGAUUAUCCCACCAUUGACUGGGAGGGACUGGAAGACCGUAUCCAAGCGUACUUUGCUGAACUAGAUCAAAUAUUGACUCGCAAAAAGCCGUCGUUCUUUCGUAACUUUUUGGAGUCUUCAAAUACUGGAAAUAGUAAAAAGGAUAAUUUCCGCCUCACAGCGAACAGUCAGUUUGAAAUGAUGUCCAGUGGAUACUACGGCCCACGUGGCGCCAGACUAAUGAUGGACGCUAUCAUCACAAAAUUCGCGGCCAAGCUACGACGUCUAGGACCCUCGGAUUCGUUAAUGCAAGCCGCUGGCGCCUCUGGCUUUGUGCAAGCGGUGUUGGUCCCAGAACUAACGGUGAUGCUAGUUAAAGAUGAUAUGGGUGUCGGAGACGAGACUGCGCGACAGAUCAUGAGAGAGAGUAACAUGAUUGGCAACCUUCUCAAUGAUCAGCCUGAUGACGAUGUCAAAGUUGAUGAAGAUGGAAAUUCCCGGAAUUGA